AAGAAAGGAGAUAGAGAGAGAUUGGGUAGGAAGAUAAAACAGAGAGAAACACAGAGAUAGAUUAAGAAAGAGGAGGGAGAGCAUUCGACAGAAAGUGAAGCCGACUUCAUACUUCCCACCAAUUAAAUAUCAAUCAAUAUCGGGCUUGUAAAUGUUAAAAAGUAUAGGAGUCUACUUUUUCAUAUAUUUUUUAAAAUUUCGCUUGUUUGUUUGCUACUUUGUCUAUACCGUUCAUAGGAACAAAAGAUUUAUCUUUUUUUCUGACGGAAAACCUGUCUGUUACCAUCGUGAAUUAACCAAAAUUUUCGGAGAUUGUUUGAGCAUCUAAUACAGUCAUGCCAACCAUAGAAGAAGUGAACGAUGAUGCUUCAGGAAAUACUCCACCCAGUUCCUCAUCAAGUAGUAAUGCAUCAGGCAGCAACAGUAGCACAAAUGGGACCGCAGAUGGACAGUCAGGAUUUGGGAAGGUGGUGGCUUACCUUACUGAAUUCAAAGUAGAUGCAGCCCUUUGGGCAUCCCGUCUUGCUACAGUUGUGUGCAGUAUCCUCUAUGUAUUCCCUCUUCUUGGACAUGCAGCCAGCCUGAGCUGCUACCAGCGAGCACUGAUCCUGAAUGGUUUGACUAGUGCCCUAAGGCUUCAUCAGCGUAUGCCACCUCUACAGUUCAACAGGAUGUACCUAGGACAGCUACUCCUGGAGGAUAGCUGCCACAAUCUCCUAUACUCACUUAUCUUCAUCAACAGCUACCCUCUUACAUUUGUGCUGACACCAGUAUUCUUGUUUGCUGUCUUACAUGCAUCUAGCUUCACCAAGAAACUUGCCAAUAUCGUUGGACCAAACAGCAUGCCAUUGUUGCGUAGAUUGGUUGAUAAAAUCAUCUCAUAUCAGGUUGACAUCCUUCGCUUCAUAGCCCUGGAUGAAAUACUCAUCAUGCCUGUUCUUAUCUUUAUGAUGGCCACUGGUCGUAUGAGUCUGAUAGCACCUUUCAUGUACUUUAGAUUCCUGACAUUCCGCUAUGCAUCAAGAAGGAAUCCAUACUGCAAACAAAUAUUUCAUGAACUGAGGUUACGCACAGAGCAGUACUGCAGGCAGCCCAAUACACCAGCAUUCCUUAGUAAUUUCCUAACAAAGUGCAUCAACAUGUUGGGCCGCUUCGCACCUCAGGAUCCAUAUCAGCAACAGCAGCAGCAACAACAAUAGCGGCAACGAUUGCACAACAAAUUGCUAAGAACCUUGUAUAAACUCAGUCUUACUGACAGGUAUAUUAUUGAAAUGUUUUUAGACUGUAAAAGACUACUUAUUCAACUACAACUUAUAACUCAUUCUUACUUUGUAUACACGUGUUGGUAUAACUAAGUUUACCUAUAAACAGACACUUUUUUAUUCAUUGCUUGCUCUGUCAUACUUUAAAUACUAUUCCACAGUUGUGAAUUCAACAUACUAAAGCUAAAUCUUCUUAUAAUCCAUUGAUAAUAUCAAUAUAUUUUCCAUUUAAUAAAUGACAAAUUUAUAAUAUAAUUCUUGUUAUUCAUCCUUAAAAUAUAAUAUGCAUGACUAUAAAGCCCAGCGCACACUAUGUAACACGAUUCCACUAAGAUCUGAUUGCAACACAAUCACAUAGUGUGCGCUAACCUACAACACGCUGCGACUGUGACCCGAUUUGUUGCAGUAGGAUCACAGACCAAAUCUCAGACAUUUGACAUGUCAAAUCUUUCUGUGAUUUUGUUAAUUUCAGCCAAUGAGAUUUUGUUCCAGACAAUAACAUCAUGACCAAUUUACUGGACUGCUGCAGCGCAGACAACAUACACGCAAAGUAAGAGGUGCCAUGAGAUGCAGUGUGUGUUGCAGGGCUGUUACAAUGUGUGCGCUGGACUGUGAUGGGAUUGACAACCUGGUGCAAUCGCGUCGCUUUGUUUGCACUUGGGGUAAAAGGAAAAAAAACACACCUCAUAUUGCACCAAAGAUGCAUGAAAUUUAUGAGCGUUGAUAUACAUGUUAGGUUUGGUAUGAUGUUUUGGAAUCUGAUGUAAUUGUAAGGGUUAAGUGCUUGAAAUAGUGUAAAAUAAGAGACUUUGAUAAUAGUAAAAAAGAAAAACUAUUAAAAGGGUGUUGUGGGAGUGGCUUUGUGUUGGAUUAUGCAAUUGGUUGGUUAUUAUUCCUUUGUUUGUUUUACAAUGUUUAAAUACAAAUAUGCACCAAUGAGGAAUUAGUUAACUGAUGACUUUAAGUUCUCUGUUGUGGUGAAGAUUAUAUGUUGUACCAAAAGGGCAGCACUGGCUUAUUGACUUGAAUGCAAGUCCUUUAAUAUUCUGAAUGAGGUAUUCUAAAAAUGUAAUUGCCAACUAACCUUUGAAAUUUACUGUUGUCUUAUUUUGUUUUCAGUAUUUUUAAUUACCAGUAAAAUUCAGAAUCACUCUUAGAUAUAUCAUGAUUUGAGAUUUUAAGGAUUACUUAAAUUUCACAACUCUAAAAUGCAUUUGUGGUGAUCAUAACUUUUUCUGGUGAUAGUUUAGAUGUAAUUUACAAACUAAGUAGAGAAAUUCCACAACCCUUUAUCUAUAUUUCCAGUUUAAUUAUAGGAACUCGUAGGUCAUUUGAAGGAAACAAUCAUUAACUUUAUAUGUUUUUAGGGAACAAAACAAAUGAGAUGGAAAGGCUUUUUGCAAGAAAUAAUUUUGUUUGGUAAUUUUCUCCACUUUGAUAGUAUUUAUUCUUUUUUAAAGCAUAACGUGUGAAUUUGAAGUCAUCUGCUGUUUAUCACUUGGCUGUUCAGACCGUGGUGUAUCAUACAAUUCUGGAAACCACUUGUUUAAUAACUAUAUUAUCAAAUUCCACCUUUUUAUACAAAAAGAUAAAGCCACUGUACUAUGUCAAAGAGAAGGCAAUAUUCAAUAGAGUAAUAUGAUCAGGUAAAGAUCCAGGGGAGGAUGGUAGAGGGGGAAUGUGCCCCCCCCCCCCUUACCCAAACUGUUUAUGAUGUAAUGUAAUGUGAUAUUUAAAACAAAGCAUGAAGCAUUAUAAUUAGUUUGCGUGAUAAACCCUUCACAAAUGCUGAAAAUAUAACUUAUUGUGUUUUGUAUGUCACUAGCACAAGGUGAGGUGAAUUGGUGUUUUUGACACAUGUGUUUAAGAAUAUUAUCAAUUUGUCAAUUCAUUAUAGUCUGUUAAAUAGUAAUAGUAAUUCAUCAGGUUUUUUUUAUAGCAAUUAAUGCAAAAUGUUUAAAGCACUUUCACCAAAACACAAUGAAUACUGGUUUUUAAAUGAGAAGGAAGUUCUAGUCACACCAAAAACUUGAGCUGUGUGGAAGUUGAAACAAGAUUAUUGACUUGGUGUUUGCAAUAUGAUAUACAUAUUUUGUAUGUGAUAUAUUUCAAAUUAUCUGAUAUUAUCGUUUGAAAUUCUAAUCACUUAUUUCAGGUGUAAUUGUGUUAUUUAGUUGUGUAUAAUUUCAACACUACAACACAGAAUGCAUUUUCUUUGAACAGCAUUUUAUUUUGGUCAAGGUUAUAUAAAGAAAAUAGAAAUAGGUAAAAAGUUUUAUGUUCAUUGAACAAUACUUAACUUGAUGUGUCACUAAAGAAUACACCAAUAUUUUGAAUAUUUAACACAAAGUAGGAAUGUUAUAUAAUACUGUGUGAUAGAUCUUUAAUUCAAUAUUAUAGUGUAUAAGCACUUCAAUAUACAUACAUGUAUAUGCACAAAAGUAAAGGUGGUCACCAUGCAUUGACAUAAUAUAAAUAAAUCUAUUAGCUUGUUUAUUGUUGAAUAUGUUGUUGAUUUCUGAUGUCACAUAGGUAUUUCCAUGUUCUAGUAAUUUUUAUCUGUACAUCCACCUCCCUGGUAUACCAAUGUGUUUUGUAUCGGAACAUCAAGUAAUGUAGUAAUGUGGCAACUCAUCUUGAGUUACAGCUUCCUAUUUAAUGACAAAAUAAAAAAGAUUGAUAUAAAAAGUGGAAUUAUUUGCACAAUGGCAAGAGAAUGGGAGGCAAUUAAAAAAUAUGGAUCAAU